UGGAAAUAUCCUUUGUUGUGGACAUCGUAAAAUACUAAUAGGUGAUUUAGGAAUUAGCAAAUCCUCGAAUGAAUUAACAGAUAAGAAUGACAAUAAUGGUGAUAAAAUUUAUGGUAUUAUUCCUUAUAUGGCUCCAGAGGUUUUUCAUGGACAAGAUUAUACUACAGCCUCAGAUAUCUAUAGUCUUGGUAUGAUUAUGUGGGAGUUAAUGACGGGUAGAAGGCCUUUUUGGGAUCAAGAUCAUGAUACAGAACUUAUUAUUAGAAUAUGUGAUAAUAUUCGACCUCCAAUUGUUACAAAUGCACCUGAAGGUUAUAUUGAAUUAAUGAAAAAAUGUUGGCAUCCUGAUCCAAAUAAAAGGCCAACCGCUAAUUAUUUAAAAGAAGUGGUUGAUAGUAUGGUAUCUAUUGAAUUUAAUAAUUUAUAUAGUGGGAACCCAUUUGUUGAUUAUCAAAAACAUAAUCUAUCUUCUAAUGAUAAAAGAAAUUUAACUGAUGAUUUAAAUGACAAAAACCAAGGAAAUAAAAAAAGUAGAUUGUCUGAUUAUGACUAUUUAACAAAAGAAUUGGAAAUAGAUAUUAAUACGAAUAUUGUGAAUAAUAAUGAAGCAGUAAACGACAUGACAAUGAUGAAGGAUGAAGAAUUGUCAAUGUCUGAAUAUGCCAUAAGAAAUCAAUUUCACCAAUCGAGUCGUGAGAAUCAAGUACAACUUCAAUUGAUGAAUAAUAUCCAUAAUUUUUGUCUUGUUGGUCUUAAAGUUCAACAUAAUUAUUGA